AUGGGUAUGGGAUUUGCCUUUCUCCCCACCUUGAACAUCUUCACGGGUGCUCAGCAACGAGUCCUUGAACACGACAUCUCCUUCGACAUCGCCCUUGCCCAGUCUUCCCGUUCUUCACGUACCACUCCCGCUCCCUACAUGUCGCGCCCCCCCAAGUCGCGAAUGCCACUAGAAAUCGUCAUGACUAUUAUGGAGAUGGCGUUCUAUGAUGAGACCUUCGAUAUCGAUUAUUCGUUGCUCAAGGCCUGCUCUCUCGUUUGCAGGGAAUGGUCUGCAGCUGCCCAGAGGCUCUUAUUCCAUAACGUUACACUGCGCACCCAGUCGGCUUGUCUCUCCUUCCAGAGCGCAGUUGACCCCAUCACGGAACAAGGUCGCAUGUUAGGUGAAGCUGUUGUCCGAAUGCGAGUCAUACUGGAUCACAACCAACCUUUUGGAAUUGCCGAGCAGUCAUUUGCCCAGGCGGUCGUCCUCUGCCCGAACCUGUUCGAGCUAAACUUGGCUCUGUAUGGUUCUGUGUCACCCGGCAAGGAUAUCAUUGGCUCUCCGGACUCCCUUCGCAUGCGACGCCCAGCUCCUUCCUUUGACGAGAGCACCUUAUCCCUUCUCCGAUGCGGUCCUUCCAUCUCCGCCCUCCAGUUCUCCAACUGGUCUGAAAAUAGCCACUCCAUUUCCCAGUUGCUCAGCGUAUGGCCGUCGCUGAAAUCUUUGGCUCUUAGUGGCAAUGCCCCAGAGUUACCAUCUGACACGCUCUCCCCUUUCCCCUAUUUCAUGGAUUGGCUACUACAUCAUUCCGUCGGCAGUCUCCGCGUGCUCGGCAUCGCUCAAGAACCGUCCAUGCAGCUGCUCGAGUAUUUUGUCGACACGUACGGAAACACUCUGGAAUCCGUCUCGCUUCCUGUCUGUUGGCAAGAUACGGCCCGUUCCCUGCAUCGUUGCCCGCAUUUACGGCAGAUCAGCGUGGAAAGACCACUCGUAUCACCCCUUCUCUUCAAAAAAGUCUCAGAGCGUCUGGAGCACAUAGCGUUUGGGCUUAAUAAGAUGACUGCGCUGCAAUCAGUCAUCGAGACUGUCAAAACUCAGAAGUCCCUCAAGGCUGUCACGGUUCAUCUUUGGGGUGGUGAACAGCACCCGCUUUUUCCAUCCCUGCAGAUGGCCUGCGCCUACCGGGGCCUUGAGCUUCGAAUAACGCCGGAUAUUAGGGUGUUCCGUACAUGGAUGCGAGGUGACCCAAUCGAACAGCAGACUUAUCCCCGCGGGAAAACACUUUCCAAUCUAUAUGCUAUGCGCGCACAAUCUUCUCUCCAUGCAUCCGGACCACAUGUAUCAUUCCACUAAGGAUGGCACACCGUCUUAACUGUGCCACGACGCCCUAUCAUGACCGUUACGAUACAUCAUCACUUGUACAUCACCCGCAUCAUUAUCUUAUAAUGCAAGUCUCGAGUCACGCAGCAUUGUCAUCCUUCGAUAUGUUCACUGUUAUGGGCCCGCCACCACUGCUUCAUUCAUUACUAGCCAAUAAUUCUCAAAAGGCUCGUUUGGAUACUACAUACAUCGGAGGAUUCUACUACAUUUUCGUUCAAACUAUACAAUCAGUUUAGCAUAUCAUGGAUUUAGUUAUAUUCGCUUUGUUACUCUUAUAGCCAGUGUUAGGUACUAAGUAGUUACCAUUCAAUACAUUAAAGUCAUCACCGUUAACUCAG